GCGGGGAGGCCAUUGCGCAUGCGCCGCAGCGGACGUCCUGCUCGCAGCUGUGCCGCCUCGCUGUGCCGCACCGCCCGCGGGAAGGUCCUUCUCCUGUCUGUGUGUGCCUGCUUUACCUUGGGAGAUGUCCAAUGUUUCCAGUUACGCCCUUCGAAUGGCCCGCCUGAGUGCUCAGAUAUUCGGAGAAGUUAUCAGGCCUACUGACUCAAAAUCUAUGAAAGUAGUAAAGUUAUUCAGUGAGCAGCCUCUGGCCAAGAGGGAGGAGGUCUAUAACUGGUAUCCUCCUCAUAACACCUACUACGCCCUCAUGAAGAAACUCCGUUACUUCGGCCUCUACAGGGAUGAGCAUCAGGACUUUAAGGAGGAGAUGAGGCGAUUGAAAAAGCUCCGUGGGAAGGAAAAACCAAAGAAGGGAGAAGGAAAGAGAGCUCUCAAGAAGAAAUAGUGCCACUUGGACAAUAUAAUGAAUUACUCUGUAAAUGCUGGAGGACAAAGGGCUUGGCAUAUGAGCUGCAUGUGGGCACGAGAAACACAUUGUGAAAUACUGGAGUCCACCUCAGAAGUGCACUUGGGUCUUUGGUUUUAUUGGCUUUGAAUUUCUGUAGAUUAAAUAUACCGGAUAAGGUAACAUGUUGGUUUGUCAGAGCCCUCUCGUACCUAAGUAUUAAAAACAAUAGUGAAAAGAAAAAAGUGUUCUUUUUCUUGCCAACACCUGUAGCUACUUCAGUUUUUCUGGAUCUGGAAAAUUUGCUUUUCAUUGUCUGUUUUACUUUCUUGGAUUAAUAUCAACACUGUUUUGCAUAUGGUGACAAAAUAAAUAAGGUUUCCUGCUUCUA